GGGUCCCUAUUCACAGCCUCCCGGACCGCUCGCCCCAGCCCGGGAGGCUAGCAGCCUUUAUUGUCUGAGGGAGCACCUGCCAGGUGGAGGCACCCGCCCAGCCAAAGCGGCCGCGGCGACUGCUAUUUAGCAGGUGGUGCUGGGCAGGGCGACUGGCUUCACAAAGCGCUGGAGCAGCGCAGUAUUAGUCCGGUAAACACCUCCGGCGUCCCGACUACAUCCCAGGGGAGGAAAGGUGAAGUCUGCCCACGGGGCACGGGCUGGCAGGGAGAGGAGGCGGUGGCGGACUUGUGACCUCCUCCAGGAUCGGGAGGGUGCCCAUCUAGGGACAGAGAACGGAGUGGGAGGGUUCGCAGAGGUUAAAGCUAGAAGGGAGCCUGAGGAAGAGAGAGCGAGACCGCGAGUGGAAAAGGGAGAGGGAGGGAGGGAAGGAGGGGAGCCGAGGAGGGGCGUGGCCGGCGUGGCAAGGGGAGGGCGCUGGGAGGAGGGGCUGCUCUCCUUUGCUAGCCUCGCUUCUCACGGCUCCCAGCUCUGGGGGCUUUGGCUUCUUUGCCGCGCUGGGUGUAUUUCGAUUAGAGGAGGAACGCGGAGCUGAGCUCCAACCCCGGAGCGGCUACAGGAUGACCGUGGCUCGUGGCGCCGGGGAUCUUCUCUGUCUUCUGAUCCUGCUAAGCUUCCAGACAGGUUAUCUUCAGCCCACUAGUAGCCCAGCUGAUUCUUCACCAUCCAUCAUUCCAGCCGUAUCACAAUUAAUAGUGAGUUCUGGAAGUGAGAUUAAGUUGUCAUGCUUUGAUCAUGGCUCGGUGAAGUGGACUUUUGAGAAUGCUCUUCAGUUUGAACUGAGCAGAAAUACAGAAACGUGGCUCACAACCAGUGCCAAUGCUCAUGAUACAGGCAAAUAUACGUGUACCAACAAAGAAGGCUUGAGCACUUCCAUUUAUGUCUUCGUUAAAGAUCCCCAAAAUCUCUUCCUUUUGGAUCCUCUUCUUUAUGGGAAAGAAGGCAGUGAUGCUUUUGUGAAAUGUUCUGUGACAGACCCAGAAGUAUCUAAUUUUACCUUGAAAUUAUGUAAUGGAAAGCCGCUUCCCAAGGACCUGACACUUAUUCCUGACAUCCAGAAAGGAAUCACCAUCAAAAAUGUGAAGAGAACUCACAACAAGAUCUGCUUCCAGUGUGCUGCCUACCUCGAUGGACAGUGGAGGCUGUCUGAAAGGGUGACCCUGAAAGUGAGGCCAGCUCCCCAAAGUGUACCUGAAGUCAGAUUGCCCAAAGUGAACUACCUUCUCCGGGAGGGGGAGACCUUUGAGGUCGUGUGCACGAUUAAAGAUGUGGCUAGUUCAGUGCAGUCCAUGUGGAUAAAGGACAAUAAUAAGAUUGACACCCAAACUCAAAGCUGGCAUUCUGGUGAUUAUAUUUAUGAACGCCAAGAAGUAUUGAAAAUCAAGUCGGCAAGAGUGAAUGAUUCCGGAAUCUUCAUGUGUUUUGCCAAUAAUACUUUUGGACCAGCAAACGUCACAGCCACCUUAGAAGUAGUAGAAAAAGGAUUCAUAAACAUUUUUCCCAUGAUGAAUACGACGAUAUUUAUAAAUGAUGGUGAAAACAUAGACUUAGUGGUCGAAUAUGAAGCAUUUCCUAAACCUGAGAAGCUUGAGUGGAUAUAUAUGAAUGAAACAGUAACUGACAAGUGGGAUGAUUAUACCAAACCUGAAAGUGAGAGCAAUAUCAGGUAUAUAAGUGAACUUCACCUUAACAGAUUAAAGGGAACCGAAGGAGGCCCUUAUAUCUUUUCAGUGUCUAAUUCGGACGUCAAUGCCUCUGUAACAUUUAAUGUUUAUGUAAAAACAAAGCCAGAGAUUCUUACUUCUGACAGACUCAUGAAUGGUCUGCUCCAGUGUGUGGCAGCAGGAUUUCCCAAACCUACAAUAGAUUGGUAUUUUUGUCCAGGAACUGAGCAGAGGUGUUCAACAUCUGUUCUGCCAGUGGAUGUGAAGAUAAAUUCAUCUAUGCUAUCACCCUUUGGAAAAAUAGUGAUUGAAAGCACCAUUGAUUCCAGUGCCUUUAAAAACAAUGGCACUGUUGAGUGUAAGGCUUCCAAUGAUGUUGGCAAGAGUUCAGCCUUUUUUAACUUUGCUAUUAAAGGUAACAUUAAAGAACAAAUCACCCCGCACACACUAUUCACACCUUUACUGAUUGGCUUUGUGAUAGCAGCGGGACUGAUGUGCAUCGUCGUAAUAAUUCUAACCUACAAGUAUUUUCAGAAACCCAUGUACGAAGUUCAGUGGAAAGUCGUGGAAGAGAUAAAUGGAAACAACUAUGUUUACAUAGACCCAACACAACUUCCUUAUGAUCAUAAAUGGGAGUUUCCCAGAAACAGGCUGAGUUUUGGCAAAACACUUGGUGCAGGAGCUUUUGGGAAAGUGGUUGAGGCUACUGCCUAUGGCUUGUUUAAAUCGGAUGCUGCAAUGACUGUCGCUGUGAAGAUGUUGAAACCAAGUGCCCAUUUAACGGAACGAGAAGCUCUAAUGUCUGAACUAAAGGUCCUGAGUUACCUCGGUAACCACAUGAAUAUAGUGAAUCUUCUUGGAGCAUGCACUAUUGGAGGACCCACAUUGGUCAUUACAGAAUAUUGUUGCUAUGGUGAUCUUUUGAAUUUUUUGAGAAGAAAGCGGGAUUCAUUUAUUUGCUCAAAGCAUGAAGAUCAUGCAGAAACAACGCUUUAUAAGAACCUUCUGCAGUCAAAGGACUCUUCAUGUGAUGGUGCUAAUGAAUAUAUGGACAUGAAACCAGGUGUUUCUUAUGUUGUCCCAACCAAAGCUGACAAGAGGAGAUCUGCAAGAAUAGGGUCAUACAUAGAGAGAGAUGUGACAACUGCCAUCAUGGAUGAUGAUGAACUGGCUUUGGACAUCGAAGACCUAUUGAGCUUUUCUUACCAGGUUGCAAAGGGCAUGAGUUUCCUUGCUUCUAAGAAUUGUAUUCAUAGAGACUUGGCAGCCAGAAAUAUUCUACUUACUCAUGGUCGAAUAACAAAAAUCUGUGAUUUUGGCCUGGCCAGAGACAUCAAGAAUGACUCUAAUUAUGUGGUCAAAGGAAAUGCCCGACUACCUGUGAAAUGGAUGGCACCUGAAAGUAUUUUCAACUGUGUUUACACUUUUGAAAGUGACGUCUGGUCCUAUGGCAUCUUUCUGUGGGAGCUCUUCUCUCUAGGAAGUAGUCCAUACCCUGGAAUGCCUGUUGAUUCCAAGUUCUACAAGAUGAUUAAAGAAGGCUUCCGAAUGCUCAGUCCGGAAUGCGCACCUCCUGAAAUGUAUGACAUCAUGAAGAGCUGCUGGAACGCGGAUCCUUUGCAGAGACCCACCUUCAAGCAAAUUGUACAACUCAUUGAGCAGCAGCUCUUGGAUAGUACUAACCAUGUUUACUCCAAUAUUACAACCAGCAGCCCCAACCAAGAGAGUCCUGUUGACCAUUCUGUGAGGAUCAAUUCCGUAGGCAGCAGCGCAUCAUCCACUCAACCUCUGCUUGUACAUGAAGAUGCCUGAAGUAGAUGGUGUCUGGCCUAGAGGAGUUUUGGCCUAUUCUGCUGGUUUCUGUGACUUUCUUUUGUUCAUCUACUUGCCAGCCACUCUAGCCCAGUGGGUGUGUUGUUAUAAUUCUGUCCCCUGUGAAUACACCAUCAUAGCUUGAAUGGACUCACUUAUCCCAGAUACAGGGGUGGAAGCUUUUCAUCUUCUCAGUAAGGAGUUAACUCGGGGAAAACCGAUAGAAGGCCUGACUCCUAGGAGAGGAACGUUGAAUGGCAUCCCCUUCUAGGUCUGGCCCACAAAGAAGGUUGCUACUUGAUUUUUAGUUUUAAUUUUCUUUGUUAGAUAAUAAAUAGACAUAUUUGAUCACGUUUGGCCUUUUUAGUCACAUUUGCAGUUGGGAUAUAAGAGUGGUGUCCCUCGUUGGAGGUGUCCCUCGUUGGAGGUGUCCCCCUUUCUCUGCUCCUCAGAGACAUCACAGCCCAUUGUUUCUGUUCAAAAUAUGUCAGGUUAUAUAAGAAGAGGAGACAGGAAAGGAGGGAGGGCAGGAAAACUAUACUAAAGUAAUUCUCCCUAACUCCUACUUGCUGGUACAGAAACGAGAUUUUUCAAGUUGGGGAAGUUCAUGGGCCCUGGGAUAAGCGGUUGCAAACUUCCCAUGUAAGACAAGAAGAAAGGCGUCCCAUGCACAUCAGAAGAUUUCUCUUGUGUCCUCAGAGCCUGUUUCAGUGGUGCCAGCUUAGACAAGGUGGAUCAACUGUGUGUGGGUCUGGCUAGCAUUUAUAUGGGUUCCUAAAGAUGUUGCCUGUAUAUAUUAGGGGGAGAAUUUCACACACUCACUUUCAUGUCCAACCCUGGAGCCCUCCCUAAGGGAUAGGGCUCUCUGUUAUAGAGUAGAAACCAUAUAAACAGUUAGUUGUCAUCUUUUUUUUUCUUUUUCUAAAAGGAAAAAAGCACAGUCCUAUGAGUCUCUUUUUAAAAACCUGUUGACUUGCUGUACAGAUUUCCCAUAAAUAGCCUGCGAAUCCUAGAAUGGCCUUGUAACUGAUGCAUUGGCCGCCAUUUGCAAUAUCUACUUUGCCCACCUCUAUUGCAUGAUGUCUGCGGGCAUGAGAAAGCGAGCUAUUUCAUAAGGAUCCUUAAUGUAGCAGGAAAACAAAUUUAGAUUCAGCCUCAUUUACAGGCAUGCCCUGGACCUCGGGCCAGUAUAUAUUAUAUAUAAAGAUGUAUGUGUGUAUGUGUAUGUAUAGAUAAUCUAUUUUGAGGAUAACCCAGCCCUGAGUCCAAGAUGGUACUCAGGUGUUUCCCCAAAGCAGCCUUUGCUUCCCUCCAAAGUACUGCCUUUGCUCUUGCUUCAUCCAUCUGUUCACAAUGGAUUACCCAAAGCAGGGAGAGAAGAGAACCUAAAGUACCCAUUUACAAUCCGCAUUCACUUGAGACGCCCUAUCAUUGAUAUACCCAACCUACCGUAGCAGUCUUGGAGGCCUUGGCCUCCUUUUCUGCUCUGGGUCCCACUGAACUGGUGAGAAUUGUAUUUACAUUUUACCAUUUCAUCUCUAGCAUGGUUAUUGGAUUUUUCUAUAGUGCCCAGUUCUAGAAACUCCAUACUUGUCCAGAUAAAAUAGCUAUUAAAUGAAUAUAUAACAGGUUUUAAGCGAGAAUUCCCAUUGGUCUCCAUUGUAUUCCUUCUCCUUCUCAGACCCCAUGCCUUUGAUUACACUUAUUGGCAGAUCUCUGGUCACUGAGAGGAAAAUAACCAUUUGCACUGGACUUGUCCAUGCUGUUUCUAAAAGCUGGCAAGUUCUUUGGGGGUGAUUGUUAUGCAGACAGAUAGUCUUGGACCUUAUUUUCAUCAUCAGAACCUUCCUAUAGCAUUGGCUUUUAUUAUAUUAGUUAUGGUAGAAAAAAACAGUUGCUUAUUGUAGAUAUCUAGGUACUUCAGGGACACUUCUUUGAAAGUUUUGUCUCGGAUAUCCACAAAAGGUUAUAUUUUUAUAAUUUUUUUUUAAUUUUUAAAUAAAAUGUUACUUUGCAGUGGCUGGAUGUUUAAAAUUGUUUUGUGGUGUUUUAUGUAAAUAUUGAGAUGUAGCAAUAAUGUCUUUUGAAUAUUCCCAAAUCCUUAAGUCCUUGAAAAUAUUUUUUUAUAUAUAUAUAAAAUACAGUAACUUUAUGUAUAAAUAUGUAAGUGGUGCAAGUUUAAAAGGAUAUUGUUCUAUGUUUUUGUUUUUGUUUUGUUUUGGUUAUGUUGCCCAAUUGUUGACAGUUCAGAAGAAUUCUAAUAAAAAUAUGUAAAUAUACAAA